UAAAACUCGAAACAAUAGGAAUAAUACACAACAAUAAAAUUUGCUAUCGAAACUAAGUCGAUUUUCUGAAAUAAAAAUAAGCAAAAAAUGAAAUCAUUUUUAAUAUAAAGAUUUAUUCUUUGUACGCGAAACAUAAUGAACGAUGCAAUGAAUGCAGAAGACUUGUGGCCUUCAUUAAAAAGUGCAAUUUACGACAUAUACAGGAAGAAUAAUGCGUCACUGAAGUUCGAAUGUUUAUAUCAGGAUGUGUAUACAAUGGUUAGAAAUAAUCACGGAGAACGACUGUACAAAGGGAUAAAUGAGGUCAUCGCUAGCUAUUUAACGAAUGAAGUACGUACACAAGUGCUUGCUUGCCUUCGAAAUAACUUUCUGAGCAAGCUUAACGAUGUCUGGGACGAUUUUCAAGCCAGUAUGGUGAUGAUCCGAGAUGUGUUCAUGUAUCUCGAUAAUGUUUACGCCAGAAUAAACGAUUUAAAUAAUGUAUACAAUCUCGGAUUGAUCCUGUUCCGCGAUAAGAUUAUAAAAUACGAGAAUAUUUCCUUUUAUCUGCGUUCCACCCUUCUCCGAAUGAUCACGAGAGAAAGGAAGGGCGAAAAUGAAGAUAGAACCGCCAUUAAAAAUGCAUGCGAUAUGCUUGUUUCUAUAGGCACAGGUUCCGAUUCUUUUUAUAUAGAAGAGUUCGAAACUCCAUUUUUAGAACAGACAAACGAAUUUUAUACAAAAGAAAGUUAUCGUUUCUUAUCGGAGAAGAAUGCCAUGUCUUACGUGAGAAAAGCUAGAACACGAAUGGAAGAAGAAUCCACCAGAGCCAAAUUCUGUUUUGGAGAAACGACGGAGAAAAAAGUAAUGGAAAUUUUAGAGGAACAACUGCUCAGAAAGCAUAUCAAAAUCAUUAUGGAAAUGGAAAAUUCUGGAAUAUUUUAUAUGCUGAAGAAUGAAAAAAUGGAAGAAUUAGCUUCUAUGUACCAGCUCUUUUCUAGAACGGAAGAUUGCUUACACAUAAUGGCUGAAUACGUAAGCAAAUAUCUUAGGAACUUAGGAAAAAAUAUGGUAGAAGAAGGUAAAAGAAAUAUACAUAUCUUAGAAUUUAUACAUAGCUGGAUAGAUUUAGUAGAAAAAUUCAAUGUCUUUCUGUGUAAAUCUUUCAAAUCUGACAAAUACAUUCAGAAAAUGAUAGUUAACGACUUCGAACAUCUCUUAAAUUUAGAUUCCAAAUACUCAGAAUAUCUGUCUUUGUUUAUAAAUGAUAAAUUAAAAAAGAAGGCCAGAGACUUUACUGGAGAGAUUGAAGAUGAUAUUAUUGAUAAAAGUUUCAUUCUGUUUCGCUAUCUUCGGGAUAAAGAUUUGUUUUUAAAGUACUACAUACAGCACAUGGCCAAGCGAUUACUUUUCAAUAGAAGAAUAUCUAAAGACUCCGAACAAGAAGUCAUCUUAAAGUUAAAGAUGGAAUGCGGAAGUCAAUACACUUUUAAAUUAGAGAAAAUGAUGAAAGAUGUAAUAAUUUCAGAUGAAACCAUCGAAAAUUUUAAUAAUAACACACAAAUUUCUAGACAUUUUCCAAGUAAGAUGAUUGAAUUGAAUGUUAAAGUUCUGACUUCGCAGCUUUGGCCAAUACAAAAAUGUUUCGUAAAUUGCUAUUUACCAGAAUAUCCGAGGAAAAUCUUCGAUGCUUUUAUGAAAUUUUAUUUGAAAAGACAUUGCGGACGUAAAUUAAUUUUGCAGCCUCAAUUCGGUUGGGCGGAUAUUUCCGCCGAAUUCUGUGGAGAAACGUUACAAGAGAAUUCUGUCAAUGGGGAUUGUACUAAGCUCAUCUCUAACAAUUCUUUAAUUAAUGGCAAUCCUAGAAAUUAUAUUUUUCAAGUUUCCACUUAUCAAAUGUGUAUUUUAAUGUUGUUUAAUUCCGGAAAGAGUAUUUCGUUUGAAGAUAUGUUACUUGAAACAGAUAUACCAGAGAACGAUUUAAAAAGAUCAUUAGAGACUUUAGUCUCAGGUAAACCAUGGCAGAAAAUCUUACUUAAGCAUCCCAAAGGAACUCACUUUCAGUCUAGCGAUACGUUCGCUGUCAACGAAGCUUUUUCUUCGAGGUUUUAUCGCGUAAAAGUCCAACCUUACAAGAACAGAGAUUCGACAGGAUCCGAUAAAGUUAUCGAAGACGAUAUAAAUGAAGAUCGAAAAUAUGCAGUAGAAGCAGCCAUUGUAAAAACAAUGAAAGUCUCGAAAGUACUUCAUCACAAGGACUUAAUUUCCAACGUGAUUUUACUGUUAAAGCAUCGAUUCCAGCCCAGUAUUCUAUUGAUUAAGACACGAAUAGAAAGUUUGAUCGAAAGAGAAUAUUUAGCUAGAAAAGAAGACGACAAAGAAAUAUAUCUUUAUAUUCAACGAUCGACGUUUUAUAUUUUGUAUCCGGUGAGUUGGCAUCACUGUAAUUAUCAGAUAACAACAUGGCGCCCGCAUGGAGUGAAGUCUCAUGUGCUCGAGAGGAAAAGCGGUGCGAAUUAAUAUUAUCCGGUGCGGCCGUUUCGAAAAA